CUGGCUGUCAGUGAUAAUGAACGACGCCCCUUCGACGGUCGCGCUCCUCUAGUCAGAUGCAAUGGCGACAAGUGAGGCACAAGUAGGUCAGCGGAUGCCUCCGCUAUACCGUAUAGGGGACGACAAAAAUAACAGGCCCUAAACAUCGUGGUCUAAGUAGAUGACUUAAUGUCUGAGGCGCACUUACAAAGACUCAUGGCUAUUGAUCAUUUCAAGCCAUGGAUGCCUAUCAUACAAAGUCAAAGCCCUAUAUGCUUUGUAGAGUUGCCGAUAGCCGAAGUGCAUCACAUAUUCAGCUCUUGCCACAUCAGCCUAUGCUUCAAGAGUGGCGGAUCUAGGCUCAUUUGAGUGAAAUAUCACCACAGUGGAAACCACUAUAAAGACCAUCGCUCCGUGGUCGAUAUCAGAGGUUCUUCAUCCGAGCAGUCUUUGGAUUUGACUUUCCGUGCAUACGCUUUUCUAGUCAAAAAGAUGGCUCAAGCCCUAUUUUCUAUCAUUGCUCUAGCAGCUGUAAGUGCAGCAGCAGCAGUUCAAUCACCUGUCGAUGCCCAUGAUAUCCUCGAACGAGCAGUAAACCCUAAGACAGUAAACACUCUGUCAGCUGCUCAACUGCAAGCCCAGCGACAGGGCUUGAUUCUGGCUGGUUCUGAACAGAACCGCCUCAAUCUUCUGUUCCCCAAUGCCCCUGAUGCAACCAACAAUACAUAUCAGUUCAUAAACAAUACUGUCAAAGCCCCGACCGGCGGUACUGUUUUUCUUGGAACUGUCGAAAGUUUUCCUGCGCUUUAUAGCACUGACGUUUCCAUUGGCAUCGGGUUUGUCAAUCCUUGUGGCCUUAAUACCCCGCACAUACAUCCUCGCGCGAACGAGUUCCUCGUUGUCACUCAAGGCACUCUCAUUGCGGGCCUAGAGCUCGAACAAGAUAAUGGCUACGGCAACGUCGUUGGCGGUGAGCCAAACGUGCUAGGUCCCAUUCCUCAGGUCAAUGCCACUCUCACGAACUACACUGGCUUUCUGUUUCCCAAAGGCCUCACUCACUGGCAAUUCAACCCCAACUGCGAGCCUGCGGUCUUUGUUGCUGCGUUUGAUAGCUCUGAUCCGGGUCGUGCAGAAGUUGCGCGAUCUUUCUUUUCUGUUUAUCCUUCAGAAGUGGACCUCUCCGCCACUGGCUAUCAGACAAACUACCUCAGCUCUGCUGACGUCGACCAACUUCGAGCGACUGCCAAUAACCAGGCCGUGUCUGUUGUGCAGUCUUGUGCUAAAAGAUGUGGAAUUCCAUUUCAGAAACGGGAUCUGCAUGAGUUCUUGUUUGUGUGAGCUUAUAGACACGACGACAUCAGGCCUUCGGCACUCUAGUCUUUACCAUUGUGAACACAAUAUCUACUUUUUUGCUUUGUCCUAUCU